CACGCGCUGCUGCCCGAGUGACGUAGUCUGUGACGUAACGUAACACCGCGGUUCAAACGGAUCGCGGGAAGAAUCCGCCGAAGAAACAAAACCGGAAACAAAAACAAACAGAUCUGAGCCGUCGGUAUGAGUCAGCAGUUUCACGUCCUCAGGUGUUUCACCUGCCAGAGCUUCCAGGUCCAACAGGUUAAGAAGGUGAACAGGUGGAGCUGUAAGCUGUGUGGAGAGAAGCAGUCACUGCUGAAGGAGUUUGGGCGGGGCUCUGGUGCCGAGUGCAGACGUCAUGUUCAGAAACUGAACGCCAUGAGAGGAGCCGUAAUGGAGGAGCAGGAGCAGAACGCCUGGUCGUUAUGGAAGCUGACGGAGGAGAAACCCGAGGAACCGAGAGACGACCAGGUGAGCCGCCCUCAGGUGAGCCGCUGGAGCAAAUACCUGGACGCUCCUGAGGAGGAGGAGCCAGAGGCGGGGCCAGAGGAGAAUGUUUUGAUGGACAGGCAGCAUUUCCAUGGCAACAACAGGAAGAGGAAAAGGACAGACAGCAGCUUCACACCUGAACAGACGGGCUUCUGUGGUCGAGCUGUUUCCCUCGGUGCUGACUGUCAGGUGAAGAGGGGGGCGGGGUCUAGUGUCAGUGGGUGGCGUGACACCACCAGCAAUGCCCCGCCCCCCAACAAGCCCCGCCCCCAGCUUCCUGUUUCCUCCAUAUUUGAGAGCGGAGACGACUUCAGCUUCGACCUCUGAUUCAAACUAUGAAGAGAUCAGUUUAUUUAUUUCUGUUUGUUUGUUUGUUUGUUUGUUUGUGUAAAUAAAUAAAUAAAUAAAGUGAAUCUGAACUGUUUUAAUGAUUCAAACUCA